GGCCGGGCGGGCGAGGACGGGGCCCGGGGCCCUCGGGGUUGCGUGGAGGACCGGCCGUUCUCCGGCCCCGCUCAGGCCUCCCCCCCGGUGCCCUCUCCGCCGCUCGAGGCCGGGAAGCAGCGGGGAGGAGGCCACGACCGCGGGCCGGGAGGGGCGGCCGGUCCUUGGGCCACCAUGACGUCCAUCCAUUUCGUCGUGCACCCGCUGCCGGGCACCGAGGACCAGCUCAAUGACAGGUUACGAGAAGUUUCAGAGAAGCUGAACAAAUAUAAUUUGAAUAGCCACCCUCCUUUAAAUGUAUUGGAGCAGGCUACUAUUAAACAGUGUGUGGUGGGACCAAAUCAUGCUGCAUUUCUUCUUGAGGAUGGUAGAGUCUGCAGGAUUGGUUUUUCAGUUCAGCCAGACAGACUGGAACUGGGUAAACCCGAUAAUAACGAUGGUUCAAAGUUGAGCAGUGGCUCAGGGGCAGGAAGGACAUCCAGGCCAGGCAGGACUAGUGACUCCCCAUGGUUUCUGUCUGGUUCUGAAACUCUGGGCAGACUGGCAGGCAACACCCUUGGAAGUCGCUGGAGUUCAGGAGUCGGUGGAAGUGGAGGAGGAUCGUCUGGCAGGUCCUCAGCUGGAGCUCGGGAUUCCCGGCGGCAGACUAGAGUUAUUCGGACAGGACGGGACCGAGGGUCUGGGUUGUUGGGCAGUCAGCCCCAACCGGUUAUUCCAGCAUCUGUCAUUCCAGAAGAACUCAUUUCGCAGGCCCAAGUUGUUUUACAGGGAAAGUCCCGGAGUGUUAUCAUUCGAGAACUCCAGCGAACGAAUCUUGACGUGAAUCUUGCCGUGAACAAUUUACUUAGCCGCGAUGACGAAGAUGGAGAUGAUGGAGACGAUACUGCAAGUGAAUCAUAUUUACCUGGAGAAGAUCUUAUGUCUCUUCUGGAUGCUGAUAUUCAUUCUGCACACCCAAGUGUUAUUAUUGAUGCUGAUGCUAUGUUUUCUGAAGACAUAAGUUACUUCGGUUAUCCUUCCUUUCGGCGCUCUUCACUUUCCAGGCUAGGCUCGUCUCGAGUUCUCCUUCUUCCCUUAGAGAGAGACUCUGAGCUGUUGCGUGAACGUGAGUCCGUUUUACGUUUGCGUGAACGAAGGUGGCUCGAUGGAGCCUCAUUUGAUAAUGAAAGGGGCUCUACAAGCAAGGAAGGAGAGCCAAAUCUGGAUAAGAAGAACACGCCCGUUCAAAGCCCAGUCUCUCUAGGAGAAGAUCUGCAGUGGUGGCCGGAUAAGGAUGGAACCAAGUUUAUUUCUAUUGGAGCUUUAUAUUCUGAGCUCUUGGCAGUUAGUAGUAAAGGAGAGCUGUAUCAGUGGAAGUGGAGUGAAUCCGAGCCUUACAGGAAUGCACAGAAUCCUUCAUUACAUCAUCCACGAGCAACAUUUUUGGGGUUAACCAAUGAAAAAAUAGUCCUCCUUUCUGCAAAUAGUAUCAGAGCAACUGUGGCCACAGAAAAUAACAAGGUUGCCACCUGGGUGGAUGAAACGUUAAGUUCUGUAGCCUCUAAACUAGAGCAUACCGCGCAGACCUAUUCUGAGCUUCAGGGAGAACGGAUAGUUUCAUUACACUGUUGUGCUCUUUAUACCUGUGCUCAGCUAGAAAACAAUCUUUAUUGGUGGGGAGUUGUCCCUUUUAGUCAAAGGAAGAAGAUGUUAGAAAAGGCUCGGGCAAAAAAUAAGAAGCCUAAAUCUAGUGCUGGAAUCUCCUCAAUGCCAAAUAUCACAGUUGGCACCCAGGUUUGCUUAAGAAACAAUCCCCUCUAUCAUGCUGGAGCAGUGGCAUUUUCAAUUAGUGCCGGGAUUCCUAAAGUUGGAGUCUUGAUGGAGUCUGUUUGGAAUAUGAAUGACAGCUGUAGAUUCCAGCUGCGAUCUCCAGAGAGCUUGAAAAACAUGGAGAAAGCUAGCAAAACGACUGAAGCUAAGCCUGAAAGUAAACAGGAACCAGUCAAAACAGAAAUGGGGCCACCACCAUCUCCGGCUUCUACAUGUAGUGAUGCAUCUUCAAUUGCAAGCAGUGCAUCAAUGCCAUAUAAACGACGGCGGUCUACUCCGGCACCAAAAGAAGAGGAAAAAGUGAAUGAAGAACAGUGGUCUCUUAGAGAAGUUGUAUUUGUUGAAGAUGUUAAGAAUGUUCCUGUUGGCAAGGUGUUAAAAGUAGAUGGUGCCUACGUUGCCGUGAAAUUUCCUGGCACAUCCAAUAACGCAAACUGUCAAAGCAGCUCUGGCUCAGAUCCUGACCCGUCUUCUCUCCUUCAAGACUGUAGACUGCUUCGAAUUGACGAGCUGCAGGUGGUAAAAACCGGAGGGACACCCAAAGUUCCAGACUGUUUCCAAAGGACACCCAAAAAGCUGUGUAUUCCUGAGAAAACAGAAAUAUUAGCAGUUAAUGUAGAUUCCAAAGGUGUGCAUGCUGUCCUGAAGACUGGGAAUUGGGUGCGGUACUGUAUCUUUGACCUUGCUACGGGAAAAGCAGAACAGGAAAACAAUUUUCCUACUAGCAGCAUUGCUUUCCUUGGGCAGAAUGAGAGGAAUGUUGCCAUUUUCACUGCCGGACAGGAGUCACCUAUUAUCCUUAGAGACGGAAAUGGUACCAUCUACCCAAUGGCAAAAGACUGCAUGGGUGGAAUAAGGGAUCCUGAUUGGCUGGAUCUUCCACCUAUUAGUAGUCUUGGAAUGGGUGUACACUCUUUAACAAAUCUCCCAGCUAAUUCAACUAUCAAAAAGAAAGCUGCUAUUAUCAUUAUGGCUGUAGAGAAACAAACUUUAAUGCAACAUAUUCUGCGAUGUGACUAUGAGGCCUGCCGACAGUAUCUGAUGAAUCUCGAACAAGCCGUUGUCUUGGAUCAAAAUCAGCAGAUGUUGCAAACAUUCCUCAGCCAUAGAUGUGAUGGAAAUCGCAAUAUUUUGCAUGCUUGUGUAUCUGUGUGCUUCCCAACUAGCAACAAAGAAACUAAAGAAGAAGAAGAAGCAGAGCGCUCUGAAAGAAAUACGUUUGCAGAAAGACUUUCUGCAGUUGAAGCUAUUGCAAAUGCGAUAUCCGUUGUGUCAAGUAAUGGCCCAGGUAAUCGGGCUGGAUCAUCAAGCAGUCGAAGCUUGAGACUAAGGGAGAUGAUGAGGCGUUCGUUACGAGCCGCUGGCUUGGGCAGGCAUGAAGCCGGAGCUUCCUCCAGUGACCACCAGGAUCCAGUUUCUCCCCCGAUAGCUCCUCCUAGCUGGGUUCCCGAUCCACCUGCAAUGGAUCCCGAUGGUGACAUUGAUUUUAUCCUGGCCCCCGCUGUGGGAUCUCUUACCACAGCAGCGACCGGCACUGGUCAAGGACCAAGCACCUCCACCAUUCCAGGGCCUUCUACAGAGCCAUCUGUAGUCGAGUCGAAGGAUCGGAAGGCGAAUGCUCAUUUUAUUCUGAAAUUGUUAUGCGAUAGCGCGGUUCUACAGCCGUACCUUCGAGAACUCCUGUCAGCCAAGGAUGCAAGAGGCAUGACACCAUUUAUGUCUGCUGUUAGCGGUAGAGCUUACCCUGCUGCAAUUACCAUCUUAGAAACAGCACAGAAAAUUGCUAAAGCUGAGGCAUCGUCAAGUGAAAAAGAAGAAGAUGUAUUUAUGGGAAUGGUGUGCCCAUCUGGCACAAACCCGGAUGACUCUCCGUUGUAUGUGUUGUGUUGCAAUGACACUUGUAGCUUUACGUGGACAGGAGCAGAGCACAUUAAUCAGGAUAUUUUUGAAUGUCGUACUUGCGGCUUGCUAGAAUCACUUUGCUGCUGUACAGAAUGUGCGAGGGUCUGUCAUAAGGGUCACGAUUGCAAGCUCAAACGGACAUCACCGACAGCCUAUUGCGAUUGCUGGGAAAAGUGCAAAUGUAAAACACUAAUUGCUGGACAAAAGUCUGCUCGACUCGAUCUGCUCUACCGCCUGCUUACUACCACCAAUCUUGUAACGCUGCCAAAUAGCAGGGGGGAACACUUGCUGCUGUUUUUAGUCCAGACUGUUGCAAGGCAAACUGUAGAACACUGCCAGUAUAGGCCACCUCGAAUUAGGGAAGAUCGUAAUCGAAAAACCGCAAAUCCUGAAGAUUCAGAUAUGCCUGAUCAUGAUUUAGAGCCUCCAAGAUUUGCCCAGCUUGCUCUGGAGCGUGUGUUGCAGGACUGGAAUGCCUUGAAAUCUAUGAUCAUGUUUGGUUCACAGGAGAAUAAAGACCCCCUCAGUGCCAGCAGUAGAAUAGGUCAUCUCUUGCCUGAAGAACAAGUAUACCUUAAUCAACAAAGUGGCACCAUUCGGUUAGACUGUUUCACACACUGCCUUAUAGUCAAGUGUACUGCAGAUAUUUUACUCUUAGAUACUUUGUUAGGUACUCUCGUAAAAGAGCUCCAAAAUAAAUAUACUCCCGGCCGUAGAGAAGAAGCUAUUGCUGUGACAAUGAGGUUUCUACGUUCAGUGGCAAGAGUUUUUGUCAUUCUUAGUGUGGAAAUGGCUUCGUCCAAAAAGAAAAACAACUUCAUUCCACAGCCAAUAGGAAAAUGCAAACGUGUAUUCCAAGCACUGCUGCCGUAUGCUGUGGAAGAAUUAUGUAAUGUAGCAGAAUCUCUGAUUAUUCCCGUCCGGAUGGGUAUUGCUCGCCCCACUGCCCCAUUUACUCUGGCUAGUACUAGCAUAGAUGCCAUGCAAGGCAGCGAAGAACUGUUCUCUGUAGAACCGUUACCACCACGACCAUCAUCCGAUCAAUCGAGCAGCUCCAGUCAAUCUCAGUCAUCCUACAUUAUUAGAAAUCCUCAACAGAGACGCAUCAGUCAAUCCCAGCCGGUUCGCGGUAGAGAUGAAGAGCAAGAUGAUAUUGUUUCAGCAGAUGUGGAAGAGGUCGAGGUGGUGGAAGGUGUAGCUGGAGAAGAGGACCAUCAUGAUGAACAAGAAGAGCACGGGGAAGAAAAUGCUGAAGCCGAAGGACAGCACGACGAACACGAUGAGGAUGGGAGUGACAUGGAGCUGGAUUUACUAGCAGCGGCUGAAACUGAAAGCGACAGUGAGAGUAACCACAGUAACCAGGAUAAUGCCAGUGGGCGCCGAAGCGUCGUCACCGCAGCCACUGCUGGUUCAGAAGCAGGUGCCAGCAGUGUUCCUGCCUUUUUUUCCGAAGAUGACUCUCAGUCUAAUGACUCGAGUGAUUCGGACAGUAGCAGCAGCCAGAGUGAUGACAUAGAGCAGGAGACCUUUAUGUUGGACGAGCCUCUGGAGAGAACCACCAACAGCUCCCAUGCCAACGGUGCCGCCCAGGCGCCUCGCUCAAUGCAGUGGGCCGUGCGCAACACCCAAAAUCCCAGAGCGACAAGCACCGCUCCUUCCAGUACGUCGGCACCAGCAGCCAGUUCAGCGGGUUUGAUUUACAUCGAUCCGUCAAACUUACGCCGGAGUGGCACCAUAAGUACGAGUGCUGCAGCUGCCGCAGCAGCUCUGGAAGCGAGCAAUGCCAGCAGCUAUUUAACCUCCGCAAGCAGUUUAGCCAGGGCAUACAGCAUCGUCAUCCGGCAGAUCUCUGAUUUGAUGGGGCUGAUUCCCAAGUACAAUCACCUCGUAUAUUCCCAGAUCCCAGCAGCCGUCAAGCUGACUUACCAAGAUGCGGUAAAUUUGCAGAAUUACGUUGAAGAGAAACUCAUUCCCACUUGGAAUUGGAUGGUCAGUAUUAUGGAUUCCACCGAAGCCCAGCUCCGUUACGGUUCUGCGCUAGCAUCCGCCGGUGAUCCCGGCCACCCCAAUCACCCCCUGCACGCCUCCCAGAACUCAACCAGAAGAGAGCGGAUGACUGCGCGAGAGGAGGCUAGUUUGCGAACACUGGAAGGCCGGAGACGUGCUACUUUGCUCAGUGCUCGUCAGGGAAUGAUGUCUGCCCGAGGAGAUUUCUUAAAUUAUGCCCUUUCUUUAAUGCGUUCUCAUAACGAUGAGCACUCUGACGUACUUCCAGUUUUGGAUGUUUGCUCACUGAAACAUGUGGCGUAUGUAUUUCAAGCUCUUAUUUACUGGAUUAAAGCAAUGAACCAACAGACAACGUUGGACACCCCUCAGUUGGAACGGAAGAGGACACGCGAGCUCUUGGAACUGGGUAUCGACAAUGAGGAUUCCGAACAUGAAAAUGAUGAUGACACAAAUCAAAGUGCUACACUGAACGAUAAGGAUGAGGAGACUCUCCCUGCAGAAACGGGCCAGAAUCAUCCAUUUUUCCGAAGAUCGGAUUCCAUGACAUUCCUUGGGUGUAUACCCCCAAAUCCUUUUGAUGUCCCCCUGGCUGAAGCCAUACCUUUGGCCGAUCAGCCACAUCUGUUGCAGCCAAAUGCCAGAAAAGAAGAUCUCUUUGGCCGCCCCAGUCAGGGUCUCUAUUCGUCUUCUGCCAGCAGUGGGAAAUGCUUAAUGGAGGUUACAGUGGAUAGGAAUUGUCUUGAGGUUCUCCCAACCAAAAUGUCUUACGCUGCAAACCUGAAAAAUGUCAUGAACAUGCAGAAUCGGCAAAAGAAGGAAGGAGAGGAACAACAUUUGUUAACAGAAGAAUCAGAGAGUUCGAAGCCAGGACCGUCUGCCCACGACCUUGCAGCCCAGCUGAAGAGCAGCCUGCUGGCUGAAAUCGGACUGACUGAAAGCGAAGGCCCACCCCUUACGUCAUUUAGGCCCCAGUGCAGUUUCAUGGGCAUGGUUAUUUCUCAUGAUAUGCUUCUAGGCCGUUGGCGGCUUUCCCUAGAGCUCUUUGGACGGGUAUUUAUGGAAGAUGUAGGAGCAGAACCUGGGUCGAUCCUGACUGAAUUAGGUGGUUUUGAAGUAAAAGAAUCCAAAUUCCGUAGAGAAAUGGAAAAAUUGAGAAAUCAGCAGUCGAGAGAUUUAACACUAGAGGUUGAUCGGGAUCGAGAUCUUCUAAUUCAACAGACAAUGAGGCAGCUGAACAAUCACUUUGGACGGAGGUGUGCCACCACCCCGAUGGCCGUACACAGAGUGAAAGUAACUUUUAAAGAUGAACCUGGAGAGGGCAGCGGUGUGGCACGCAGCUUCUACACUGCCAUCGCACAGGCUUUUCUGUCAAAUGAAAAGCUGCCUAAUUUAGAUUGUAUCCAGAAUGCCAACAAGGGUACGCAUACAAGUUUAAUGCAGAGGUUAAGGAACAGAGGAGAGAGAGACCGGGAAAGGGAACGAGAAAGAGAAAUGAGGAGAAGUAGUGGUUUACGAGCUGGUUCUCGAAGAGAUCGGGACAGGGAUUUUCGAAGACAGCUUUCCAUUGACACAAGACCCUUCAGACCAGCUUCCGAAGGAAAUCCCAGUGAUGACCCUGAUCCUCUUCCAGCACACCGGCAGGCACUUGGAGAGAGGCUUUAUCCCCGCGUUCAAGCAAUGCAGCCAGCAUUUGCAAGUAAAAUUACAGGGAUGCUGUUGGAAUUGUCUCCUGCUCAGUUGCUGCUUCUACUAGCUAGUGAGGACUCUCUGAGAGCUAGAGUGGACGAGGCUAUGGAACUCAUUAUUGCACACGGAAGGGAAAAUGGAGCUGAUAGUAUCCUGGAUCUUGGGCUAUUAGAUUCUUCAGAAAAGGUGCAGGAAAACAGAAAGCGACAUGGCUCCAGUAGGAGUGUGGUCGAUAUGGAAUUGGAUGACACAGACGAUGGUGAUGAUAAUGCUCCAUUGUUCUACCAACCUGGAAAACGUGGAUUCUAUACUCCCCGGCCGGGCAAAAACACAGAAGCCAGACUGAAUUGUUUCAGAAACAUUGGCAGGAUUCUUGGACUCUGCUUGCUACAGAAUGAACUGUGUCCUAUCACAUUGAAUAGACAUGUGAUUAAAGUAUUGCUUGGUAGAAAAGUCAACUGGCAUGAUUUUGCUUUCUUUGAUCCGGUUAUGUAUGAGAGUUUGCGGCAACUUAUCCUUGCCUCUCAGAGUACAGAUGCCGAUGCCGUUUUUGCAGCAAUGGAUUUGGCAUUUGCAAUUGACUUGUGCAAAGAAGAGGGAGGAGGUCAGGUGGAGCUUAUAUCUAAUGGUGUCAAUAUACCAGUUACUCCUCAGAAUGUAUAUGAGUACGUGCGAAAAUAUGCAGAACAUAGAAUGUUAGUAGUUGCAGAACAACCUCUACAUGCAAUGAGGAAAGGUCUGCUAGAUGUGCUUCCAAAGAAUUCAUUAGAAGAUUUAACUGCAGAAGAUUUCAGGCUCUUGGUAAAUGGCUGUGGUGAAGUUAAUGUGCAAAUGCUUAUCAGCUUCACUUCAUUCAACGAUGAAUCAGGGGAAAAUGCUGAGAAACUUUUGCAGUUCAAGCGUUGGUUUUGGUCAAUAGUUGAGAAGAUGAGCAUGACUGAACGACAAGACCUUGUGUACUUUUGGACGUCAAGCCCGUCAUUGCCUGCCAGUGAGGAGGGAUUCCAGCCCAUGCCGUCCAUCACAAUCAGACCGCCAGAUGACCAACACCUUCCUACAGCCAACACUUGCAUUUCUCGCCUUUACGUUCCACUCUAUUCUUCGAAACAGAUUCUCAAACAGAAAUUGUUACUCGCCAUUAAGACCAAGAAUUUUGGUUUUGUGUAGAGUAUAAAAAGUGUGUAUUGCCGUGUAAUAUUACUAGCUAAGUUUUGUAGAUUUUUCCAUUUGUCUAUAAAAGUUUAUGGAAGUUAAUGCUGUCAUACCCCUGGUGGUACUUUAAUGAUUAAAGGCAAACAUUCCUGUACUGAGUUUGUAACACGAAGGCUCAAGGAGCCGCUAGCAACAUUUGACUGUAACGGUUUGCUAGUCGUUGCCUCCUUGGCCCAACCCCAGCCAAAGAUGACAGCAGAACAAUAUAAUUUACACUGUGAUUUAUCUUUUUGCUGAGGGGGGGGAGGGGAAAUGUAAAAUGUUCUGAAAAUCCACUGCUGCCUUUGUGGAAAGUGUUCGGCAAAGGUUCUUGUAUAGAGGGAGUAGGGAAUUUCAAAAUAAAAAAUUAAGUAUGUUCUGUGUUUUCA